AUGCAUAAUUUUCUUUUUAGAAAUAAACUAUCAACUUACUCUCCCUUUAGUCCCUUUGGUUCUUCUAAAAACUCUAAACCAGGCAUAAUAACAAAGCUAAAAAACAAGAUUUAAGAUUUGUUUCAACCUACUAUCAACCCAUCGAGUACAAUUUAACGGAUACAAUGCUAUAAUGAAUUAAAUUUAGAAAAAGAACUAUCUCAUUAAUUUUAAAAUAAUCUUGUAAUUGUAGAUCAUAUUCUACCGAACUAAGAACAUAAUUAAACUUCAAAACGCAAGUCUUUAUAUCCCUUUGAUUUAUAUUACCAGGAGGUUAUUCAAAAACAAAAUUAAACAUCUCAAGAAUCCAAUAUUAACCAAGCUAUCAAAUUAAAAGAUUAGCAACCUUAUCUUAACAAACCCAAGAAACAAAUGAAGUUUAAAAAAAAUCAUGCCAAAAUUCAAAAACAUACAAAAAUGGAAGGUAAUUUUUGUUUCUAUUAUCAAAUAGACAACUCAUAAUAAAUAGACUUAGACUAUAAUUUAAAAUCUUAGAAUUUUAAUGUUGAAUUCAAUUAAGAAAAUUCCUCAAAUUUCCUGUCCAAUUAUUCAAUUAAAAAAAUCAAAUACUAAGACAAUUGUAUUGAAAAACCUCCCCCUUCGAACAAUUAAGAAGUUUAGACUAAAGGAUAAAUGUCUCAAAUAAAUUAAUUUGAAAUUUAAUCUUUUGCAAACAUUAAAUAAAAUUAACAAUUUAGUUGUCAAUAAUUUAAUGAUUAAAAAAGAAAUAUCUCUGAUACUCAAAAUGGAAUUUCUUGCAACAUUGUUAACUUCAAAUAAUUUAUUUAAGAAAAUUAAUAUUUUUCAAGUUCUACUGGUACUAAUACAAAGGGAGAACCUUAAGAGCUCUUAUUCAAUAUGGAACAUAUUUCUUUUUCUUAACAUAUUGAUUCCUCAAUAUCAGAAGAAUAAUGUUCAAUUAAUAGCUCUUUUGAGAUUUAAAAUAAACUUUUUUCUAUAUUUCAUCCUGACCCUACAGAACAAGCAAAUUUCAUUUAAGUAUAGGAAUAAUAAUUAAAUAAAAGCCAAAAUGAACAUUAAAAUAAUGAAUACUAAAAUUAAAUAGACAGUUUAGGAUCUUAAAAAUAAUUUAAAAAAUAAAAAAAACUUUUAUUAGAUUCAAAUAUAGUUAGCCUAUAAAUUUAAUGCAAUCGUUCAAAUUUAAAUGAAUUUAUCAACUAAUAAUGCAAAAUUGAUUCUGAAAUCUAAUAAUAAUAAUGUUAAUAAUCAAUUACAUAAGAAAAAUCAGUUAACAUUUCAAAUGAUGAUUCUGUUAUUUAUUUUAAAGAUGAAAAUGUAAUCAUAUAAAAUGUAAAUUAGAUUAAAAUAGGAAAUAAUUAAUGUAUAUUUUAAAACAAUGAUAAAAUAUAAUAAUAACCUUAAAUUGAAUAAAUAAAUCAUAAUUAAUAGCUUAUUCAAUAAUUAGAUAAAAAGCCUGAUAGUCCUUAAUCUUAAAAUACAUUAAUGUCUGUGAAUUAUUAAAGUACACCAAAAACUUCAAAUAUUAUUCACGAAUUUGAUUAAAUAAAAGAAUCAAAUCAAAACACUGAUUAACUCUUAAAGUAAAAUAAUCCAUUUUUAAAUCCAAAUUCUCAUAUUGAUUCAGAAUAAGUAAGUUAAUAUUUUUUGUCAGGUUUAGUAAUAGAGAAUUCUUAGAUUUCUUAAUAACAAUAAUAAACAACUAAAAAUCAAAAAUUUUCAGAUCUAUUUAAGAUGCCAAGAAAUAAUUAACUUUUUAAAUUUAAUAUUCUUUCAGAGAAUUAAACAUAUUAAACUUAAACUUAAAACCUAUUUGAUUAAUAGAAUAUAUCUUAAAAGGAUAAUUAAUGCUUAAUUUAUAAGUAAAUGGAAACAAUUGAUGUUGUGCCAUAAUAUGAUUAAUUUAAUUUUAGCUAACAAAAUAAUUUUCAUCAAUCAGUAUCAAAUUACUAUUCACCAAAUUUUGAACAAAAAUAUUAAUCCCAACCUGAUGCCUUUAAGUAAUCUUAAUCAAGUAUGCCAUGGAACAGUUACCAAGUACCUCUUUAGUAAUAAAAUCUAUUUCCGUAAAUGCAGUAAUCUUCAUAUCAAAUAUCAAGCAUUAACCUAUUUUAAUCAAAUUCCUCAAUGACUAAAUCCAAUCCUAAUUGCUGUUAAGAAAGUAGAAUAAAUAAUCUUUAUACUAAGUAGGAUGUACUUUCGUUAUUUUAAGAUACGAAUAAAACAUAAGAUCAAAGUAAUUUAUAAAACAUAUCUUUAGAUUUAUUUGUUAUUGAUUCAAAAUUAAAUAGUAAUUCUUAAUCCUAAAAUUUAAAUAAUAGCUUUACUAGAGGAUAAAAAAAAAAAUAACGCAUUAAUAAUGACUGA